AUGGGUUUGUCUUGGGGGGCGUUAUUCGCUUUGUUGCUGGCCACCGGCGCAGUAGGCAACCCAGUCCUACGACCACGUCAAAUAUCAUGGCCGGAACCGGUCCCGGCAUCCUCGAUCGGACCUCUUGACUGGUCUUCGAUACAACCCCCGGCGUCACGACGGUCCGGCAGCAAAUUCGCCUCCAUCAAAGCUACCGCUGCAAACUCCCCUCCCUUGACCGUGGACUGGCGUAACCGCGAUGGGCUCAACUACAUCACCACGGCACAAGACCAAGGCAUCUGCAACAGCUGCUGGGCGUUUGCCGCGGCAGCUCUGAUCGAGUCCAUGGUGCGCAUCGAGCAUGGGGUGUGGAGCAAGCGCAGCGAGGCCGACGUGCACGACGGGGUGGGGGCGUCAUGCCCGAGCGUCGGCAACGCCGAGGAGACCCUUGCGUGGGUGGCCGGGCAAGGCCCGGAGUUUCUCAAGGACCCGACAAAACCGCGGCCGGGCAUCGCUGACUGGCCGUGCGACCCCUACGAGGCGACGCUGCAUGCUUACGAGCACUGUGCGGACCGAAACGGGAGGACGACGCACAUUCCGUAUUUCCAGUCGCUGGGAAUGAUUGAGGACCAGAAGAGAUGGCUGGAUGAGUACGGGCCGCUGAUCGUUACGUUUAUCCUUUACAAGGACUUCGGAUCAUGGAAGCCGACAAGCGAAGGCAGCGUGUACAAGUGGGAUGGGGUAUCCGAAUCCACCGGCAACCAUCUGACAAUUGUCGUGGGGUAUGAUGAUGAUAAGCAGGCAUGGAUCAUGAAAAAUUCAUGGGGACCGAGCUGGGGCGAGAGCGGAUUUGUUUACUUUGCUUACGACCAAGCCAACAUUGACAACUGGACCAAAUACGGCGUUGCCAAUGUUAACCCGGAUCCGUGGACUCGCAGGCGGCACCAGAGCGGAAGCAUGCUUCAGUCGGGCAACGGCGACACGCACCGGAACUUCGAGCUUCUCGUGAGCGAGCCCACCGGAUCGGGCUUUGCUCAUGUUUCGCGCGAUAGCAACACCACGAAAUGGAGCAAGGUCUCCAAGAUUGAGGGGAGCGGCCUCAAUGGUCAGCCAGCAAUCCUCGGGACUUCCUUCAACCGGGAUUUCCAUGCGGCCGGCGUCAACAAGGAUCAGACUUUGCGGCAGUGGGCGUACAGCCAAUCGGCAAAGAAAUGGUCCUCUGUUUCGACGAUUGAAGGCAAGGGCAUUGAUGGGUUCCCCGGUCUGGCCCAGAGUGAUGGCACCCACUUGGUCAUGGUUGUCAAGCAUGCCGAUGGAACUUUGAACGAAUGGCAACAACCCCCAAACAGUACCACCUGGACCCUUGCCAACUCCCCUAUCGCGAGCGACGUUGCUCAGAGCGGACCCUCCCUCGUCCAAUCUAACGUUGCCCUCAACAUCUACGACCCCCAAACCAUCUCGCGUGGAAACCUUUACACCGUGGCCACCCGCGCCGACGGCAAGCUGCAACUGUUCUGGCGCGGUGGCGAGGACACUGGAAAGUGGUCAGCUAGUGAAGUGUUUGGUACGGGCAUCCCGCUGGACACGCCCCCGGUUAUGAUUCAGGACUACUUCAACACAGCCAACGAGCAGAGCAUAGGCGGUUUCCAGCUUGCCGUUGCCGUCGACGGAAGCGUACAGCACUGGGAAAGGCUAAACGGCGAUCUUGACCGGGAACCGCCGGUGGAGGGUGAGCAGGGGAAAUGGAAAUUGACCGAGACCGUUGGGUCAGGGGUGAAACAUGUCUGGGCGUUGGUCCAUGGGAGCCACAACCACAAGAUUCAUAUGGUGACAGAGGGGGAGGAUGGGCGGUUAUCUUACUGGGAAAGGGAUGGCAAGUGGGUCGAGGUUGAGAAGUUACCCGCGUUGAGUGAUGAAAGCUGGCCUACGUCAGACCCAGUAACUGGUGGCUAA